AUGUCGAGCGAAAGCACAAAGACUAAAUGUACGAACGAAGAAAUAAGCAAGCUACAAAUUGAAUUAAAAAACGAACAGCAUAAAAAUGCUAUACUAAAAGAUCGAGCAACGAGAGCUGAGGACGAACGAGAUUCGCUUCAUCUUGCAUUAAAACUUCUCAUGCAAGACCAAUCCAUUGACAAUAUUAAUCCUUCGACUAAGACUAAAGACCAAGGGCAAGGCAAUUGCUGGAAUACAGUACCGAAGACCAGAAAUAGAACAAUAAGCAGUAACAUCACAUCAAAUGUAAACGGCAAUGCAACUGGCAGAGUAGCUGAAUGUACAUGGUGCCAAAACAACUUUCUGGUCUUAGAUGACCUCAAUGAAUCCUGCAGAAUUAUCGACGAGAUGCAGAUAAAAAACCGAAUUGGCAGCGAUGGAAGCAACGAGGGCAAAGAUAAAUCGCCAGCAAGCAAGCAUCAGCAAGCAAGAGUACAAAACAACAAAAAGACUGUAAUAGUGGGAGACUCGAUUGUCAAAGGUUUGCAGCAACACAAACUUUCGAAAGCAGCAAAGCAGAACGUGGGUGUGAAAUGCUUCCCAGGAGCGACUGUUGGUGAUGAUAUGAGCGAUUAUAUAAAACCCGUGCUACGUCGAAAGCCAGAUACUGUUAUGCUACAUGUGGGAACAAACAACGCCACUAACAAAGAAGCAAGCGAGAUAGUUAAUGACAUCGACAAAUUAUGCCAAGAGGUCAAAGAAAUUGAUCCCAACGUUGAAAUAAUAUUGUCUGAAUUGACCAACAGAGAGGACAAUGCAAAGGCCAAAACAACUGUUCAAGAGGUAAAUCGUUUGUUAGCAGAUUACUGUAUUGCGACUAAUUUAAAUUUAAUUAUACAUAACAACAAUAUCCUCAGUAAGUCGCUUAAUAGAUACAAAUUGCAUCUGAAUAAGUUAGGAUCUUCUACUUUAGCUAAAAACUUUAUUAGUUAUUUACAUAAUUUUUAGCCUAGGUAAAGUUCCAACUCUUUACAGCAAAAUUUCCGAUACCGAACCAAAAGAGCCAAGUUGCUCCAUUGAGAAGAUUAUUCCACAAACAAAGUGUGAAAAUAGCAUUACAUUUUUACAAUCUUUGAAAGGAUUUAGAGUUGGGUAUUUAAACAUCGCUUCGUUAGUCAAGCAUGUUGAUGAAUUAAAAAUAUACUUGGAAAAAGAACCACUGGAUGUUUUGAGCAUUAACGAAACUCGUUUGGAUGAAAUAAUUAGUACAGAUACUGUUAGUAUACCCGGUUACAACAUGGUUGCCAAAAAUCGUAAUCGGCAAGGAGGCGGUGUUGCAAUUUACCAUCGCAGUAUUUUGAAUGUAAUUGAUAGAGAUGAUUUAGUCCCAGAGGACGUCGAGGCUGUUUGCCUCGAAAUUAUUAAGCCUAAAUCUAAACCUGUCUUAGUUGCAUCUGCAUAUAGGCCACCGAAUUCGCAAAUUGAAUUCCUUGAUAAAAUUGAAGUAUUAUUUCAAAACCUUGACAACGAACAUAAAGAACUAAUUAUCGUUGUCGAUUUAAAUUGUGAUUUUUUAUCCAACAAUUUAAGCAAUCACACUAAACGUUUUAAUGAUAUAGUUAAUAUAUUCCAGCUGACACAGUUGAUUGACCAGCCUACACAAAUUACCGAAAAAACAGCUUCUCUUUUGGAUGUCGCUCUUGUAAACAAUCCUGAAAAGAUUUCGCACUCAGGAGUAUUGCAUGUUGGAAUAAGUGACCAUAGCUUGAUCUACGUUUGUAGAAAAAUUUCGUUUGUAAAAAAUGAUCCCAAAUUUGUUGAGUCAAGAAAUUUUAAAAACUACACAGCGGACUUUAACCAAGACUUAUACCAUGCUUUAUCUAAUUUAAAUUGGGAGAUAAAUGAUCCAAAUAUGCUUUGGGAGAACUUUCAAACAACAUUCAAUUAUGUUGCUGACAUUCAUGCUCCACUUCAAAGCCGUAAAGUUAGAAACAAUUUUUUAUUUCAAUUUCAAUUUUUAUUCAUAUAAUAUACGUACAUACAUUAAUAAAACAAGACAAGCCGCUAAUAGCUACAAAGCUAGUCGAGGCGGCUUGUCUAUAGUGACACAGUUACAAAGCCAUUAAUUAUAUAGCAAAUUAUAUAUACAUAAUAUGAAAUAAUUUUCAAUGAAAUUACAUAUUAAUAAACUUAACGUUUUUAGAAAGAAAAAAAAAGUAAUAAUAAUAAUAUACUGUAUAUCAAUUAAGAACAGGGAAAAAAGUGGGAGUUAACACUUCAAUUUGAGGCUUCAUUGCGUGAUAUUUUCUUAAUUUUACAGCUGAGCGACUCUAUGUCCGGAUAA